UGGCGUCCUCCAUACGCACGUGGACGUUGCAGACUUGAUUAGUCUGCACGGGUGUAUUUUGUUUACAUUUCCUUCAGUUGCAUUCAUUUAAUAGUAUGCCGACUUGACCCUCAGAAACAAGAAUUAUGGCGGAAACAUCUUUAGCGAGACAGUUGAAGAAGCUUCAAGCACCGCAGACAUCUAUUCUAAAAGACGUCAAAUCUAGAGAUUCGUUUUUAUUUGACCCGAAAGAAGCGGCUACCCUUGAUGCUGAAACGGCUUAUGCCAUUGGCGCAACUGGACUAGAAGAGCUGGUAGCAGUGAACGAGAAGUUUUCAGGCUUUGAGCAAAAUUUGUUCAGCGAAGCGUCGAAGUUCCUGGAGCGAGCUGUGAAGACCAAAGAACAGAAUCGUGAACUCGACGAGACUAUAGAGGAAUUUUUACUUCUGCUUUCACCCUACUUUCUCUUGAAACCGUCACACAAAGCACUAGAAUGGCUUGUAUACAGGUUCCGGAUACACAUGUAUAAUGUCGACGCCUUUUUGGGGUGCAUCUUACCAUUCCACGAGACACGGUACUUCGCGCGUGCCGUGCAGCUUCUUGACCUCAGUGAUGGUGCAUCAAAGUGGCACUGGCUGAAACCUCUCCAAAAACCAGGCAUACCACUCCCUAAAACGACCCUUCUCAACCACUGUUGGAAGGACAUGGGAUUCUUGAAGUUUGUCUGCAACCUUCUUGUUUCACAGGUCGAGACCCAUGAAAGUUCAUCAACAGCACUGAGACCAGUCAUGGGAUUCUACGUCUCGUCCGUUGUUGGUGCUCUCGAAUUUGCGGACAAGGUCAAGAACAAAAUGAUUGCGACACUGUUGCCGUACAUCCUGAGGGGACUCAAUUCCGACAUGUCGGAUUACAUGGCAGCCACUUACAUGAUCCUGUCCCAGCUUGCUCGACGUGCUGUGCUUGAGAAGGAAUUUCUGAAAGAAGUUGUCAUUAGACUUGUUAAGACUUUGAAGCCGGAGUGUUACACUGGAGGUCUGCUAUGUCUGCUGGUCAUUGUGAGUUACCAAGUGACGGCACUGCCAAAAAGAGCAUUUCAGAACUUGGUUAAACAGCACGAAGCCAUUGUAACUUCCCUGGAAGAAAUCUCGGAGCGCCACUCUGUUCUGCCACUGAUACGGCUGCUUCUACCUCGAUUGAUUUGUUCAGCAUUGGCAAUUAAUGACACCGAGAUCAAGAGUAGCAGCAAGAGUGAAGUAGAGCUGUUUCGAACCUUGGUGCCGCUCGCCCAUGGGACUAAAGACGGGAUCCGGUUUGUCGUCGAGUGUUUUUUUGAAAACUACGUUGCCCUGUACAAGACCCAAAUGGAGGGCGAAGAGCACACAUCCGAUGCUGCCCUUGUUGAAGGAGCUGUGGAACUUCUCAAGAGUUUGUGGCAGAGAGCCCCGGAACAUGUGGAUGCAUGCCUCGAAAAAUGGCUGUGCAGCGAGGACAAUGAUGCAAAGCAGGCCAUACUAGAGCUCACCCAGCUGAACAUACUUGGAGCAGAACACGUUCCUCUUGCCGAGUCAGGGGAGGCGCUCUUCCUUGCAUUGAACAGCCCAAGUAAAAGGACACGGAUUGAAGCUGUCGAAGUCCUUGUGAAGAUGAUUCUUCGUGAAGAGGACCUCAAAGACGAGUUUGUGAAGGAAUCCCUGCACAGGAGGUUGCACGAUGAAGAUGCUGAUGUUGUAGAAGCGGUGUUUUCUCUGGGAGAAGAACUGUGCAGGUUUGUCGAGCCUGAAGUUAUUCUGGCUCUGCUUCGGGACCAUCCCUUAAGGAAGAACGAGUCAAAAAAGAAGGUGAAUCUGUGUUGUGCCAUCCUCUCGUUCCUUUGCAACUGCAUCUAUGAAAUGCUUCCAAGUCAAGAACUGCUGAAGCUGGUUCUCUCGCAUUUACUGCCCACAUCGUCUCGCACAUGUUCGUUGGUGAAGUGCGUCCUUACUUCGAAAGGGGCGCAGUCUCUCACCAUUGUAACGCAUCUUCUUAACACACCAAACACAAGUAGAGUGAGGCAGCUCCUCAAUGACGGAAAAUUUGAGGAGUUCAUAAAUCUGGCUCUCGUCGGAAUGGCAACGGCUGCAGCCGCAAUGCCGGACAUGGAACAGUUUGUGCCAGAAUUAAUAAGCAUUUCAUUAUCCUCUGGGCCAAACGAAGCACCGCAGUUGAAGUGCAUCACAGCCUACUUACUCGCGGAGCUGCUUUCAAACAUACGUGGCAGUGAAGUGUUUAUGCAAACGCUUGAUUUCUACAGGCAUAUUCUUCGGGAAAAGACAUACCGUGAGAAAUCUGCAGAGACGUCAGAUAAUGUUCAAGAACUAGUCAUUUCCCUUCAGGAAGGAAAAGUCCCUGAAAACCUGAUAGUAACAGGCAUGGGAAAACUUAUUGGAAAUGUCCAGCCUCUGGUUCUUUUGGAGGAACACAUUGGAUGGAACCCAAAGAUCAUGCAAAGGCAUAGACCGGAAUUGGAGCUCUUGGCAUGCAUUUUUGGAACCCUGGCAGACGAGAGUAACUCCAAGGGCAAAAGACGAGAGGCCUACCGAGAGCUCCUGCAGAACUUCCUGGAGGAUCUGUUACCGGGCCUCAAGCAGCAGCUCCAUUUUCUCUUGACACUGCAUGCUCUGGAGCUGACAACUCUGGAUAAGUCUAGCGCAAAAACACAAAAGCUCCAUUCUCAGGGCUUGGCUGUGGCAGCCCGGUUGUUGGAGAUGUCCGAGGGUGCAAAGCUUAACUGGCUGCUUGCAGAGCAAAGCACAGCUUUCCUCUCUUUGCUGCUUCCUCUCCUGUCACCUGUGGAAGAACUACGGAAACUCGCCGUCUCUGCCAUACAAAAUGCUCUCCGUGCAUCCACGAGCACAAAGGCUGGGUUUGCUACGUUGGCCAACGCCCUUUUGAAAAACUCGGCUGAGCUCACCACUGAUUGCGAUCUGUUGCCAGGCGUUGUUGCAAAGUGGCACAAGUCUCUUCGGAAGCCCAGCGGCCUAUUAACGCUCCUGGCACAUUCAGACACGCCGAUCUAUGUCCAGGUCGGAAUUCUUCGACUGUACAGUGCCGUCUACUCCAAGGACAUGCUGGACGUAGCAGUCCUUCUGCUGAAUCGGCUCUUAGAUGAAAAUGGAAAAGAUCAACUGGAUGAUUUGGCAGCAGAGGUUGCGCAGCACUGUUUUUUGAAGUUCACGGAUGAAGGGUCCGUUCCGAGUCUCUCUGCGGUUGAUGGUGCCGCCGAAGUUCUUGAAAGGGCACUUCGGUCCUCCAAUCGAUGUAGGGGCCAUGAUUCUGUAGCUGUAAUGGCUCUGAAAAUGGUCGACAAACACUUGGUUGGGAGAUUACCCAGUGACAGGCGGACGUCUCUCAUGGAGACACUUGUAGAGCUUGCACUGACUUCUGUGGAGCCGGAGCACAAAGCUGUGAUGCGAGCGCUUCGGAAGGUGUGUUCCGUGGGCAGCCUAGUAGCAGAACAACUGCAGAAGAGUGAAACAAAAAGCUCAGUGAAAACGGUCAAAGAAGCGAAGAGAAUGAGGCUGACUGGUACCUCCGAAUCUGAUCCUCUGGAUUCUCCGUACUGGCGCCGUGUCCUAGUCGUCCUGGAAGUUCUCCAGGGGAAAAAGACUGUCGACAGCAUCGACCUUCUUGUUGCGCCGCUGUAUUCCCUUCUUAAGAGGAGCUUUGAACUGGGCAACUUUCCUGGCGUGGAGUACCUGCGUCAGAGCGUCCUUUCUUGCCUGCACGGUCAUCAGCUUGCAGCUCCCAGGCAUGAGGUGUCACUGCUGGUCAAGUGCUUGAGGUUGGCGCAUAGUCCACACACGCAGCAACUGGUCCUGUCCCUUCUCAACCUUUCUGCGGCUCAGUGUCCCGAGGAAGUGCUUCAUAAUGUGACAUCGGUAUUCACAUUUAUGGGGGCCAGUCUGCUUCGUCAGGAUGACAAUUACAGCUUCCAAGUGGUUGUCCAAACCGUGGAGACUGUAGUCCCAGCUCUUCUACAGGCUUGCCGCAAGGAGCCCAGUGAGGGGCAAGCUUCCGACGAUGCUGUGUCACAAGUGACACGCGUCUUUGUGGACGCAUAUGAGGACAUACCGGAGCACCGUCGUUUACCCAUCUUCGUUAAACUAGUCUCGACACUGGGACCGACAGAGUUCCUCUGGAUUUUACUGGCACAGAUGGUGGAACACAGCACCUGUAAAUUGCUUCCUGAUGUCGAUGACCAAUUGUCUUCUGCGCCGUCUGCAAUUUUGGACUUUGGACUGUCACUGUGUUCUAGUUUCCAAGUAUCGGUGCAGAUGUCAACUUGUAUCAGGCUACUGGAAUUUAUAGCUUCUUUGCCGUCCGUCAAAGAAAAGUGCAAGGUAUCACCCAAGCACCUGCAAAUCUUCAAUAUAGAACAACGAUCCGAGAAACAGUUGCAGUGGUUCCGACUCACAGCUACAUCACUGGUGUCAAAUUUGCUUUGCUCCGCAAACUUUUUGGGCCAGGUGGCUGAACUUCAGCAUGCUGGUGAUGGAAGUGUUGAAACAUUGUAUCAAGAGUGUCUGUCCACUAGCCUGCAGUAUCUGCAGCAAGUCACGAGGUGGACACACCUCCAUGCACCGGCAUCGUGUGCCAAGACUUGGAAAGUGGUUCUCACGAAGCUACACGAGAUUGUCAAUAAGGUCAACGGACUUUUGCCAAGCGCUCAGUUCAUCUCUGUUGUCAAAUCUCUGAUGAAGCAUGAGUUGCCAUCACUUAGAAGGAAUGCUAUGGAUAUGCUCAAUGCCAAGCUCUUAACAAAGGACUAUUUCUCCAGCGAUGACAAUGAAUCUCUGCUGAGUGUUGUCCGGUCUUUGACCCACACUUCCCUGGGCAAGCUGAAGUUCUCGGACGAAGUGACAACAACGCUGAGCGAAGAAGUCGUCGUCCUGAACAGACAGACAGCUUUGCUUUCUCUGAAGUUGCUGAUACGAAAUCUGGGGUCAGAGUAUCCGACCAACUUUGCUAAGGUGUAUGACAUGCUUGUCAAACUAAUGACUGCGGAAGACAUUCAUCCAACCCUGCUCAGCAGCUCGUUGCUGUGCCUCGCCGAGGUGUGCCACGCCAUGCCAGUUCAGACGAUACCACACUUAUCUCGUCUCAUGCCGCCAUUCUUGAAUAUCCUUCAGGAUAAGGACAGGCCUGAGACGGUGACUUUGGGACUGGUCACCACACUUCACCGCGUCGUAGAAUGUUUAUCCCCAUUCCUGAGCUUGUACCUGGCUGUAAUAAUCAGAGAGGUGUGCUUACUGUGUGCUGCACACUGUGUGGAAACCAGCUCCCAACCAACAACAGUCCAUCAGAGACUGUCGACGGUGUGCAAGCAGAUUGGACAGUUGGUGGAAGUGCGCGUUCUCAUUCCCACGGUUGAGGACGCCUUCAAGAGUCUCCCGAGUGCGGCUUGCGUGCAACACCUCAUGGUGAUCCUGAGCAGCAUGACAGCAUCUGCCAAGGACUCGGAACUGCAGGGUCAUUUCCAGCAGCUCCAGAACUUGGUUCUGCUUCUCCUGGAUUACAGGCAGCAACAUAAGGAUCUUCCCUCAGAAGUGCUCUGUGUGGCAGAAACACAUGUUGUGAACACUGUGACGGCACUCUGUUUCAAGCUGUCGGAGGAGACCUUCCGGCCGUUCUUCUGCAAGAUUUUCAGCUGGGCUACAAUUUCUGAGGACAAGAGUGAACGAGACAGGGUGUUCACAUUCUACCAUCUUACUGAAAAACUUUCGGAAACACUGAAAGGUCUGUUUGUGCUCUUUGCCGGCCAGUUCAUUAAGCAUUCGGCAACUGUUCUGGAUAUGAACCACGACAGAAAGAGAGAGAGCCCCUAUUUCGAUGACGAUGCAAUGUGCUGCCAGUUAUUAAGGCACGUCUUGAAUACGUUGGCAAGCUGCUUCCAGCACAAAGGGAAAACGUUCCUCGUCAGAGAAAGGACAACGAUACUGAUCGAGCCACUGACAGACCAGAUUGACAACAUGCUCGGCGACAGAGAAGAGGCUGUUCACUCUCGGAUCACAGACUGCGUCGUUCCAUGUCUCGCAUAUUUUGCCGUUGGAUGCGACGAUGCUGCACGGAAAGAAUAUCACCAGAAAUUGCUGGUCAAAAUGCGCAGUUCUUCAGCAAAAGUGAGGUAUGCCGCCUUGCAGGUGUUUCGAGAGACUGUGCGGAAACUCGGUGAUGACUACCUUGUUUUGCUCCCUGAAGCUGUGCCCUUCCUAGCCGAACUGAUGGAGGACGACAGCACCGAAGUUGAACAGCUCUGCCAAGAAGUGAUACUGGAAGUUGAACAGAUCCUUGGGGAGCCACUCAUGAAAUAUUUCUAAACACUCGUAUCACGAUCAUUUCACUCCAGUGACUAUAACACGAAAUGCUUUGCUACAUCAUCAGCAAAUAAGGACUCGCUCCGACUAGAAGACGUUUUUUGCAUUAAAGGGGCACUAAAGUGCAAAAAUUUCUCCUCGCCUUGCAGAACGAAAGAUGCACUUACCUUAACACCAACAUAAAAGGAACAAGAGUCA